AUGGCCACCUCGACGGCGCGCGCGCCGACUCUCGCGCACGCCGACAUCUCGCACCGCCCCACCAACCUUCCGCCUCGCUCCCCGAUCCCGCGUUCCUCCUCGCCCGCGACCAGUGCUGCGCUCAACGCCCUGCGCAGCACUCCUCGCAGCGCAUCGCUCGACUGGGCUCGGCCGCGACAGCACUCGCCCGUCGUCGCGCUCGUUCCUCCUCCUCGACCUUCCUCCUCAACCUCGACUCGUCCUCCCCUCCCUUCCCUGCCGCCCGCCGACGCUCCCGUCCGACCCUCGUCGCCACCGCUCCCCAAGGUCAAGCGCGAGGCGUACGUCGUGCCGCCCAUCCCGCCGUUUCGCGGCGCCGCCGCCGGCAGCAGCGCACCGACCGUCGUCGAGGCCGCUCCCGCCGUCGCACCUCGAGCCGGCCCGUCGGCGGUCCCAGCGUCGCUCGCCGAGGCCGACCAAGCUCCUCGGCGCGUCUCGUACCCGCUCGUCUUUUCGCUCCCGCGGCAAGACCAGCGAGCGGGCCCGAGCGGCGGUCGCGCGUCGUGCUCGGCGGCCGUGACGACGGGUUUGGGGAUUGCCGGCGUCGGUGUUGGAGCUGGAGGCGCACGCGAGGCACUCGUGAUCGAGCGGGUCGGCGAGGGUCCCGCAGCGGCGGCGAGCAGGCGGGUCGACCUCGAGGACGGAGCGGCGGCGACGGCGGGCGACGGCGGCGUGAGGCGCGGCUCGCUCAAGCGCGUGCUCAUCUCGGACGGCGAGGACGAACUGGCGGCGGUGAGGAGGCCCGCGAGCUCUGGUGACGACGGCAUGGUCGCCUCUUCUUCGUUCCCGCCUCCUCGACGACCUCCACCAGCUCCUCCUUCCCUCGUCCACCGCCAGUCCGACCCGGUCGUCGCGACGCACCGACCUCGCAUCGGCUCUUCGUCCCCCGACUCGUCGAGCGCCGCCAACAAGCGCCGCCGAACCAGUCGCCCGACACCGCUCGACUCGCUCGCGACGACUGCAACCGACCUCCUCGCCGCCGCACCCACGCCGUCGACGUCGACAGCGACGCAAGGAGGAAUCCCGCUCUCGACCCUCGUCCUCGGCCAACCCGUCCAGGAGCAACACCAGCGCGAGCUCGAACGUCGUCGCUCGUCCGCCAGCCAAGCCCCGUCAGCCCCUCAAGCUCCCGCACCCGUCCCGAGCUCUCGUCGCGGCUCGGUCGUCGCGUCGCAGCAAGAUCCCGCCGCCGGCAGCAGCGGCCUCGCCAAACGUCGCGGUCACCGCCCUCCCACCGUCGCCACGGGUCCUCCACUUCCUUCGGGGCCCGCCACCCACCGCGGCUCGUUCAGCGCCGUGCACGGCGACGCGCCCUUCUCGGCCCUACGCUCGGCGCCGGUCGACAUCCCGAGCGUCCUCGUCGGCUCGCCCAUGGAGGCCACCUUUGCCGCUCGAGCGCGCGAGCGUGCGAGCGCUAGCGGCGCCGAGCUGCCGCCCAUGCGCAACGGCGGCGGGCCAUCGUCGACGGCGCGCGAGCCGGGACCGCCGCCUCGGCGGCAGAGCCAGGGGGCCGUGCACCCGCAGCCGCCGCUCGUCUCGAGCAGCUCGUACUACAUCCGCCCCAACCAGCCGCUCGGGCCAGGGCACAGCUUCCCGCCGCCGCCGCCAGCGACCGCGACGUCGCCGCGCUCGAGCGCGCCGCCGCCCAAGGACCAAGGGCGGCACGUGCGCCUGCCGUCGCUCACGCGCUCGACGGGCUCGAGCCGAGGGCCGCACCAGCACCACCACGUGUCGCACUCGUCGCAGUCGAGCAUGCAGGGCUAUCACCUGCACCACCCGCAGCUGCAUGCGCACCAGCACGCGUCGUCGUCGUCGUCGUCGUGGCACGGACCUCCUUCCGGCGGCCCACUUUCGCCCCUUCCUCCUCUCGGCGAGUCGAUGCCCGCUCCCGGCGCCCCAGGCGGUCCUCCUCUUCCCUCGCCUGCCUUCACCACCCUCCCGCCGCACUCGGCCGGCCUCGCGCCGCACGCGCCGUACCACCAGGGCGCCCGACCCGGCUCGUCGCACGGCGCGCCUCUCCCCCCUGUCCACCCUCCCACCUCGUCGCACGGUCAGCACGUCCACCCGACUGCCCCCUCGCCGUCGACCAAGCAGGCGUUCCUCUCCCUCUUCUCAAACUUCUACGACUCGCUGUCCGACUCUCGCGUCCUCACGUCGUCGCUCGACCAGCAGCUCGUGCGCGCCGCGCAGCUCCUCACGACGCUGCAGCAGGCCGAGCAGGCGCUCGACGCCGCCGUGCUCGACGUGCGGCGCGAAGGCGAGCGACGGUGGGCCGCGAUUGAGGACCGGCUCGUGCGCCUCGAAGGCGGCGCGGGCCGUGUCGGCGGCGGGUCGACGAGCCUCGAGGACCGGCUUGCCAAGCUCGAGCGCCUUUUGCUCGACCGCGAGGCGGCCGACGGCGUGCGACGGCACUCGGGCGCCUCGACGACGAGCAGCGGCGGUGUUGCCGACAGCGAGGCGAGCGCGGGAGCAGGAGCGCCCGAGGCGCGAGACGAGGACAUGGAGGGUUAGCCACGCUGCAGCGGCCUAAUGUUAUUCCACGCGCCGUGCCCUUCUCGCAUC